UUGUCAUUGUACUGCAAGGCCAAACGUCUGCGCAUGCGCACUACUAAGCACUCUAAAGGAAAGAGAAAGAAUUGUUCGGCAGUGGACUACAGGCUAUAACACCAUCGUAAGAAAGAUGUCAGGAUUCCUGGAUGGUAUCAGAUGUGGGGACUGUGAAUGCAACAUCGACUGGGCAGAGAAAAGAAACACCAUUGCCUCAAUUGCAGCAGGAGUUUUGUUUUUCACAGGAUGGUGGAUCAUAAUCGACGCAGCAAUAAUGUACCCCAAAGAGGAGGACUUUCACCAUGCGUACCAUACCUGUGGAGUCAUCGCGACUAUAGCGUUCCUCAUGAUCAACGCUGUGUCAAACGGCCAGGUGAGAGGUGACAGCUACAGUGAAGGCUGCAUAGGACAGACAGGUGCGAGAGUGUGGCUUUUUAUCGGCUUCAUGCUGGCCUUCGGCUCUCUCAUCGCGUCCAUGUGGAUUCUCUUUGGAGGUUUCGUCGUUCCUGCAAAGCAAUCAGUGUAUCCUGGGAUUGCAGUUUUCUUCCAGAACGCCUUCAUCUUCUUUGGGGGUCUGGUGUUCAAGUUUGGACGCACAGAAGACCUGUGGCAGUGAAAAAAGCCUCUCUACCUGACCAUCCUACGCCCUGAGUCUUUCUGUACUCUUUUUCCCCUCUCAUUUUUCCCGUUCAUGAGCUGCCCCCAUGUUUCCUAUGCGACUGCAGCGAGGGCUCGUUGUUGUACAAAUCGUGUGACGCAUCUAGCCUCAGAAUUCAAAACAGACAGCUUUUUUUUAAAUUUUUUUUAUUUUAGAUCAAUAAAAAAGGAUAAAGAGACUUUUAGCUUUAGCUAAAAUGUUUAGCUUUGGUUGUUCCCUCGGAUUUGUUUCAGUUUCGGGUCUCACGCUUGUCACGUGUUGCGGCCUGGGAAAACCCUUCAUAUUGUUCAGAUUUAUACUUUUUAUACUUUUUGCCCAGCCUACCUCUACAUUAACACACUACUGAUGGGGGGAAAAGAAAAUCUGUAAAAACAAGAACUGAGUUCUUAUUUGAUAAUCAACAUUACCUGAGGUAAAAGUUAGUCCCAGGAUUUAAACACGAGCCUCGGCGCCAUCUCUUCACUCGUCUAUCAAACGUCUUUUUAAUUAGGUCCUUCUAUUCAAACCCUGUUUUGUUUGUUUUCUUUUCAUUUCAGACAACCACGUGUAUUUACUUCAGUCUGUGGGAGUCACAUUCAUUGUUUCAGCAGUAGUUUACCUGUGAUUGAGACCCUUAUGUUAAUGUUAUGCCUCCUCAAUUGCUUUUGGAAGUUGGGGAAUUGUUUAAUUUUGCUACGUGUAUUAUGAAUCUUUACUUAACCAGCUUCAUCGGAACGGACCACAAAGAGCCAAAUUAACAUUUUCAAUUGCUUUCUAAAGCCCUCUUGAUUUUUUCAUAUAUGUUAUUUCGUUUUUAAAACACAAGCGUCUCAUAAAAUAUUCGCCAAUUUCUUAUUGUAAAAAUGCUAAUAUAAAUUCUCUUGUAUGAUAUAAACAGCUUUGCGAAUACUUUUGCUAUUCUGUAUACACGUACUUCUUUUUUACGUGGUUAGCUUUACGUUUGCACUCUAUUUAUGUAACGCUGCUGCAGUACGGCGAAUACGUCAUGAACGCAAGCACAAAGAAAAAUAUUAAGAAAAAUCACGCAGCCAGUCCAGUCUGAAACGUUGUUAAACAGAAACACCAGAGGAAUGUAAACUCAUUUGGUCUAAAUUUUUUGUUUGUUUUGUUUUGUUUUUUUUUGGUUGUUGUUUUUCACAACUACUGUAUUUGUCAAAAUAAAUAAAACGAUAGAAAAAUCCCCGCA